AAAGACGUGUCGGGCUUAAACGUCUGUACGUGUAUAUUGCCGAGUUCCCCUAGGAACGUACACCAUAAACGUUCUUAUUCCACCAAACACGGGACCUUAGAAAUGGAUUUUAUAAAAACCGAAAUGUCUUUUCAACGGAUUUGGAUUGACGUAAACUGAUUUCAAUCCGUUGCAAGUGGCGCUCCUUUUUGAAGAAACCUUGGGCUGGAAUGUUGUGUGUGAUGUUUACCCGAGGUUUCAAUCAAGAAUGUGUUUUGAUCAUUGAUUUGAAUGAAACAAAUGGAUGUUCAUCUACAAUUUAUCUGUUCAUUGUUUGUGCGAAGAUUUUGAAUUCUUCGUGAUUGGACCAACGUCGUAUUUGUACAUUGUCUGUGUGAGAAUAUUCAGACAUAUUCAGCGUUUUAGCAGCUUCGCGCAUGUUGGGUUUGGCGAGGCGCGUUUCGUGAUAUGGACUUUUUUGACAGAGGAUAUCGUGUUCUUGGAAAAACGUAUGCAUGCUAAAAAUGGAUAUCUUAAAGCCAGCACUUGUAUCACACGACACAUAUACUUUACAGAGUAAGUAAUAGCAUGGAUUGUAAUCUCAAGCCUGAGCGUUAUCGUAGCGGAUUGUCCACGCACGAUUUGUUCCCAGGAGCGGAUUUGAGCCAAAUUACUUAUGUCAGAGCAGGUUUGAGUUGGCGCAGUUUCAUCUGAUCCAGAUACUUAAUUUCUGACGCAGCUGACAAGUGAAGCUAACAUAAGAACAACAAAGGAACAAAGGUUGAAGGAACCCGGCAUUAAUAAUCAUACAGAGUAUGAUCUGAAUCCUGGUUGAUAGGCUGGGUGUUAUGAGGGAGAGAAGGGCUUAGGAACUGGAACACCGGAACUGCCCCGAGACAUUGGCAUAGCUGAAUCACUGGGUGCAGUAGUCUAGUGAGCGUAAUGUUGACCGAUAUGAACAGUAUGUAACAUGUGAACAGAUGUAGACCUUUGGUGGAGUAAGACGUCGGAGGAUAUUAUGUUCAUCAUGAACUUUUCUGAAGGAACAACUGUGAGACUGUUUAUAAAGACAAUUGGAAUGUCUGAACCCAAUCUAUGCAACCACAAUGACGGAUAGAUUGGGCUUCCAGAUUGGCAGUUUCGUCUGAAUUGGAUUUUUCUGUUUUGAAGACCUUAAUUUUCUUCAUUUUUGGAGGGUAAAAAAAACAUUCAUGCCGGGCAGAGUCGAUGUGGAGGAGUAUAUGUCGAAGUAUAAUGGACAUCGAGGCAUAACUUGGACAGAGAAGUACAUGGACAGAAAAGUACUUGGCGUAUUCGUGGACGAAAAGUACUUGGAGUAUUCGUGGACAGAGAAGUACUUAUAUUGACAAUAUCUUUGUAAUUAUAAGCAUGUAUAAAACACUAUCCUCUCCAAUUUGGAAACUGUAAUGUAUUCAUCGAUCUACCGGUUUGUACGGCAACUAAAUUCCGUUUCUUCAAUCAAGGAUUUACCGCAGACUCAUUAAAUGUGCAAAGGUGGCGUUACCGGUCACCGUGCGUGCGAAGGUGUAAUAACUGCCUCGAGAACAGCUCUGCCAGUAUAGGUGGCGGUGUUGCACUGCAAGGCCUUUGUUUUAAUCAACGACUACGAGAAUUAGCACAGUGGAAACAUAGGCUUCAGACUAAGGAGAAAACAGCUUUGACUGUGAAAGGAAAAUAGAAGAAUACUUUAUUGUGAAAUUUCAUGGCGUUCCUGAUGGCCACGUUUUGUGGAAAUGAGCAACGUUGGAGAUGAAGUUUCAGAUAAACAGGUGUCCUUCUUUUGAAGACCAUCGAUUUUGUGUUUGUUGAAAAUCAAGGACGUUAUGGAGGUCUUGCAGAUGUAAAGCAACUGGAAGUCAAUGAGCAGAGUGUAUUCUUCUGGCAGUGAUUUGGGUGUUGCAAUUGAGGACAAUUUUAUUGCAUACAACAAGCUGAGUUUAACUUAGUAUUUAAGUUAAACACAUUAUCUAUAUGCUUCGUCAGCCAUGUGUACUUUUGAGACGACUGAAAAUUAAGGAUUAUGGAUUCCGAAAAACUCCUAAAAAUGAAUUUUGAAAAUUGAGUUUACCCUGCGUACAUAGGAAAGGGAAGAGCAACAAGCGUAUUCCGAUACAACUCGGAAAUCAGAAAACAGAAACUGAAAACAUCGUCACAAUGUGUGUUUACCGUGUUCAAUUGGCGAAUAAGAUCCCACCAGAGGAUGCCGAAAUGCUUGAUAUGUCCUAACUGAAAAGUCAUACGAACAUUAAGAAACCCCUAGUGCUCCAACGUGAUCCCGGAACAUACCCAUUGUCAUUAACAACAUAAGAAAACGUAUUUCUAAACUCAUCUGUAUUGUGGGCGUGCCUCUGCCAACGUUAAGGUGCAAUCAUUAUUUCUAGCACCCAGUAACAUAUUAUGUGUAUACAAUAUUCGCAGGUAUAUUGCGUCUUGGUCACGUCCAAAGUAAGAAUGUCAACAGAACUUGAUGAUUCCAUAGAUUGAGUGACCCUGUUUGAAGAACAUGUCACCUAGAUGACAAAGAACACCACUCAUGGUUUGUUCUCUGGGACAAGGUUACAGGCUGCCGUGGACCAUGGCAUAGAAACGUCACGCAAUAGUAUAUAUGUGGUGGCUCUCGACACGUCCUUGAGUAUUGACAAUAGUGUAUGUGACGUAUCGUACUGACACCAAUCUGUUUUGAAUACAUCCGACAAAUUGGUCCACUUGUUUAUGUGAAGUAACACCCUGCUGUAAUGUUUGAACACAAUAGCGCUUAAGACGUUUAUGGUCGCUUAUGAAUAACUUACCAUUGUGUUUUCCACGUACACAGCUUUAUAUAUGUGAUUAAUGUUGAGAUGUGAAAUUAACGGACACAGAUGGCCGGUCUUCUAUAAAGCGGCUAACGAAUGCCCAAAACAUCUAAAGCCACAGAAAUGGGAUAAUUUUGUAUCUAUGGGAGACAUGUCAUGACAAUACGUGUACGUACGCGGUCAACGUAGUGAGGAGACACGGUUUUAUUCACCAGAGAAUUAUUCAGAACCAUGUUUAACAAACAGGGAAUAAAAUAGCGUACGGUAUUUGUAUGAGCCUUUCAAUAUUUCAAAGGCUGAACAGAUAUAAAAAUGAAAGGGUGGUAUAAAGCAAGCCUUUGAGCUUCUUCCCGAUGCAACUUUAGUGAAAGGCUGGACAAAUGAUAUUGAUAAGUCAUGCCUAUAGAUCACUAUAAAAUGUCUAUGGAAGCCAGGCCUCUGCGGCUUUUAUAUUCUAAGUACGCGCCCCAUGCAAACCUUACGACUGGGACUGUGAGACCACUGGGGACUGUACGGCGCUGCAGUGUGCCAGAGGAGGACCAGGGGAUAUCGUUGUGUCAGCUUGAGAGUGAAGUGUCUCAUGCCGAGAGGGUGGAGAGGUACCUGACGAUGUCUGGCGAGGGACAUGGGUUAAUGGACAUGUACGGGAGCAGAAAGUCCAUCCACAGCCUGGCUGAGGGUUCUGAUAACGAGCAAGGGCAAGGCAAUAAUCGCUCACGGAGUCAAGACUUCGAAAACAAAUACAAGAUAGCGGUGUCAAGAGGUGCUCAGGAUCAGAAAGUAUCAAAGAUUUACAGCAAGAGGGUUAUACAACUACCUCUGUUGAAAAUCAAUUUGGAGACUUAUGUGGGCGAGAGUGAAGACAAUCGAGCACUUGAGAGCACUCGGAAAUCGCUGCGGAAUAUUCUGGAUGUUGGUCGUAAACCGCCUGGUCAGGCGGCAACCUUUGGUGGUGGAGUGAGACAGGCCAAUAUCAUCCACUACCAGUUUAAGACGCCGGCUGAGAUUCAGAGAGAUGCGCUCAGGCAGUCCAUCCAUAACACCUCGCAUACGUCAGACAGGGUGUUCGUGCCACUACAACCUGCAAGGUAUGUCGAUAAGGAACACCCGUCCGAAGUUAAGACCAUCGAGAAUAGAGAUCACGAAAGCAGUUUAAAGUUGGAAUCUGUCGAAGAAGACUUUAAGACGACGUCUGAGUUCACAGGAACGUUGAGGGAGGAUGACUUUGAGGUGAUCAGGGAAGAGGAUGAAAGGGAGGUGGAAGAGUGGUAUGGGGAUGAGUUAGAGGGGAUGUAUGAAAGAGAGGCUGAUGGAUCCUCGCUAAUGGCUCAUCGGCUGUCGUCUGCUGCAACCCUUGGCACUUCCUAUAGGUAUCUGGACUUUGAAUCCUUCUCUUCUGAUGAUGAUAUUCAAGUUCACCAUGCUCCCUUAACCAGUCGACAGAAACCCAAACUUGCCGGUCUUGAUGGCCGAGACGGGGAGUUUCCUGUUUGGCCCAGUUUUAGUGACAUGAAGAAUCUGAGACCAGAUUUGGAUCAUUCGGGACUGUCGAUAAAGCCAAGGAAACGUGAGGGUAAAGUUCUUGGAAAAGGAUCUUCAGUGUUCAUGCAGAAAUGUACACCGGAUAGCCUUGUGAUCAGAAACGGCAUGGUUCCCAAACUGAAGAUCAUGAACCAUCAUCACCAUAGACCUAAACCCAAACGAAAGCUGGACCCGAUCGCAGCUCCCCACACAGCUCGGGAGUGCCCCAUGUGCAAUUUGUUCAAGUUCAAGGAACCUACUCCCUGUCCACCCAACACUCCCCGACACCCGAGUGAGCUCCCCCCGGAGCUAGCUUCCCCGAUCAACCAGGACUCUUUAGUGGAUGCGGAGGAGGCUGGGGAAGAUAAAUGGGAGGAGGAUGAGGCUGAUGUGACAAAUAGAUCCGAUGUUGUGUUUAGAAGACGACAUAAUUUGUUGAACUACGACCUGAAUGUGAGCCCCAGACUGGGACCCAUAGAAAGAGGAGAUGUGGUAGGGGAGGUAACUGCCGACUACAGGUUUGGGUUUGUCCAGGCCAAAGCGGCCAGGUGAUGCAAGAUUUAAUGCAACUGUACAAUAUUAUAUGUAUAUGCAAAUGUUUUUCAAUUACAUACUGACCUACCAAGGAUAAAAACGGGACUGAAUUCUUGGUCCAGGUAAAAUAAUUAAGGGUCUUUACACACGAAAUCCCGUUAUUCCGGAAUAGGAAGGUAGCUGUGGUGAAAGUGUUUCUAUUCUAAAUUCAUUUGGAAUUAUGCUGUCCGGAGUUUUCACUUUGUCAAGAAAAUGUGUUCGUGUUUAUGCUCAAACUAUGUCAAGUUUCUGAAUUAGUAAGUAAAGUCACAUGUUAUGAAAUGAAUUACUGUCGCUUGCUUUAUUUAAUAAAUUAUUUUACACGUGA